ACCUGGUGGGCCUCGCCUGGAGACAGGCAAACAUUUGGUUGCCUCAGCCAUGUCCAAGGCCACGAAGGAUGCGUUGCACCCCUUGGAGGCAGAGGGGCCCAGCAGGGCUCGGGCUGUGGUCCGCAGCACGGGGGGCUUUAUCCUGGGCUUGUCCCUGGCCACAGCCUAUGGGCUCCUGGAGCUGCUGGUGGAAGGGCACAGCCCCUGGGGCUGCCUGGUGGGCACCCUCACUUUGGCCGCUUUCCUUAGUCUAGGCAUGGGAUUCUCCCGCCAGGUCCGGGUCACUGUCCUCCUGCUGCUGCCCCAGGCCUUCUCCAAGCAGGGCCGGACACUGCUGUUGGUGGCUGCCUUUGGGUUGGUGUUACAAGGGCCUUGUGCCAACACCCUGCGCAACUUCACCCAGGCCAGCGAGGCUGUGGCCUGUGGGGCAGAACUGGCCCUGAACCAGACCGCCAAAGUGCUGGAGAGGGCCAAGCAGCCGCUCGUCAGUGCUCUGAACAAGAUUAAAGCCAUUGCCCAGAGAGCCAAGCAGGUGGCUGACCGUGUCCGAAAGUUCUUCCGGUCAAUCAUGGAUGGCGUGAAGCACGUAGCCAGGGCCCUGCGGAACGUGUGGUAUUGGCUCCUGCACAUCGGCGACGUGUGUAACUCGGAGCUGGGCAACCCCUACUUGAAGUGUGCUCGGGUCUUUGAUGACGCCAAGGACAGCUGCAUGAAGGUCAUACCACAAGCCUACCACCUGUGCUUCGUGCUCAUGCCCUUCAAGCUGAUGCUCUGUGGACUUGCCAGUGUGGUCCAGGUGUUCUGCAUCAUCCCUGGGUAUAUCCAGACCUUCGUGCGAGAGACCAUCAGCACCCCUGUGAGGAAUUUGAUUAACCGAGUGCGUCAAGAGUUUGAGUUCAACAUGACAGCCACCCAUUACUUCUCUGUGGAUCUCAACGCCUCUCGGAGCCUGUCCCAGGUAGCUCUGGACCUCUCUGAAGCCGUCAGCAUGAAGCUGUACCGCGUCCGAGAGGCCUUGGCUCUGAUGGGCUACACCACACCUCUGCUGUUCCUGCUUCUUUACCUCCAAGCCCUGUAUUACCGAUACGGUUACCUGAACUGGGACAAUUUCGACAACAUCUACAUCACCAGCCGAUUCCUGCGCAUGGAGGCUGUCCGCUCCAGGGCGGGAUUGCCCACGGUGCUGCCGCUCACUGCCCAUGAGGCCAGACACUACAUCCAGCCAGGCUCCAUCUUAUUGUCCCGGUGGGAGCAGAUUUUUUGCAUCCUGGCGAUCUUCCACCUUGUCCGGCACCUCCUGCUCGUGUUGUUCCUGGUCUUCCUGGACUAUGCCGUCUUCUGGGUCCUGGACCUGGCUCGGUACCACCUGCAGGGGGAGAUUGUGGCCCGAAGCCCUGUGUUUAUAUCCAUAACCGUGGAAGGCACUGGCUCCACGGGGAAGAUUUACCGAGACCUAGUGUCGGCAUUCGAUGUCCUCCAGCAAAGCAACAUCACCGUCCUGUCCCGACGCUGCCGUCUGCAUCCCUCAGAGCCUGACUCCACCGGUUACAUAGUCAUCGGCGUCAUGUAUGGCCUUUGCUUCUUUGUCACUUUGUUCGGCAACUAUGUCAGUCGGCUGCGGCGGCUCAUCUGUGCCUCCUACUACCCACCUCGGGAGCAGGAGAGGAUCUCCUACCUCUACAAUGCACUUCUGAGCCGCCGAACCAAGCUGCUGGCUGCCCUGCAUCGAUCAGUGAGGAGACGGGCAGCUGACCAUGGCCAUAUGAGCAUCCUCCAUGUGCUGGCCGGACGGUGUUCCUGCCUGGUUCCAUUUAUCAGCCACUUCAGCCAGCGUCAGACCUACUGCCUGGGCUGUGGGCAGCCCCAGGACGAGAGGGACACAGAGAAUUUGGUGGCCUGCAGUACCCCAGGCUGCGGAGGUCUCUUCUGUCUCUCCUGCUUCCGUCUCCUGGACAACACCUGCUCCGUGUGUGCAUCUCCCCUCUCCUACCAGGAGGGGCUGGACCUAGAGCUGGACUCCAGUGACGAGGAGGGCCCCCGCCUAUGGCUGGCUGCCGCCCACCGAAAGGGUCCUGAGCAGGAGGUGCUCCUGCGGCAGCAGCUGGAAGCGCUGGGCAGGACCCUCUCAUCGGAUUCCACGUCGGAAUCCAGUGACCUGGAUGAGGAGAAGGGGCCUCAGGAGAGAAGGCACAGGUAGCCACCCCCACCUGAGGCCCAGUCUGUCAGCCUCUCCCUAAGCCCCACUGACCACCUCAGAAAUCCUCUGCCCACAAAGCAGCCCCUCCCCUGCUUCAGAACCUGCAGUCCCCCUGUCUCUCAUUUCCCUCUCCUCCCCAUCCCUCCCACUUACCUCCAAAAUAAAGAAACCAAAGGUGGA